GUCCCUUUUGCUCGAUUCUUGGCCAUGAAUGGUUCUCAAUAUCAAAAUAUCAAAAGAUAUCAAAUUGCAAAAGUUUACAGAAGAGAUCAACCUGCCAUGACUAAAGGUCGAAUGCGUGAAUUUUAUCAAUGUGAUUUUGAUAUAGCUGGUGUUUUUGAUCCAAUGAUCGCUGAUUCAGAAGUUGUGAAAAUCAUGUGCGAAUGUUUAACAGCCCUUGAUGUUGGUGAAUACAUUGUUAAGGUAAAUGCUUUAUUAUAUUCAAAAUAUUCAUCAAAAUAUCCACUUGACCUUCAUGAUGAAGCCAAAGAUAAAGAAUUUGAAGUAGAAUUGAGCUGGAUAACUGAGGUAAAUAGACGACAUCAAUUUGUACCUGAUGACAUUGCGGCAGAAGCGGAAAGAUUGGCAAAGGAAUCACUUAAUGAGGAAAUGGAAGAUGAUUAA